AUGGUACUCCGGAGGAAUACAAAGCUUGCUCAAAACCGUACACAAAAGCUUAAGGCAGCAAAAAAAGAUGCCAAGGCUGAAAUCGACUCGUACAAGUCAAGCAAAUCAGACGAGUUGAAGAAGUUUGAAGAUGAGUUUGUUGGUGCAAACAAGAAGGCAGAGCAAGAUGCUGAAAAACAGGUUCAGGGAGAGUUGGAGAGCAUCAGAAAGACUGCUGCCUCAAAGAAGGAUGCUGUUGUGAAGUUGCUUACCGAAGCUGUUAGCACUCCUAAUCCGGAAUUGCCAAGAAACAUCAAGAAAGUGGAGGCCUGA